UGCCCUGUGAUGGACUGGUGACCUGUCCAAGGUGUACCCUGCCUCUUGCCCAUAGACUGCUGGAGAUAGGCACCAGCUCCCCCGCGACCCACUAUGGAAUAAGCGGUAGAAAAUGACCGACUGACCCUUAAAUUCAGAGUAUCAGAAUUACAUUUGUUUUGUGUCUGUGUUUGAUUGUAGCAAACCGCCGUUAAAUUAGGAAUCAGUUUGACCAACAUUUCCCCAUCUCUGUUAGACAAAAGGAAUACAGGGGAAUCGUAACAGCCAGAGGAGAUAGAGAAGUUUAAUAUAAUCGGUGUUAGAUACCAAAGCUGAGAGAGUUCACUUAGUGAGUAAGUUUUUCUGGGCUUUUUUGAUGAUGGUGGUAGAAAUUCCAUCGGCAAUCACUGAAAAAAUCAGCUACUCUUUUUAGUGCAGGCAUAGAGAAUUUUUCUGCAGAUGGAACUGUGAUUAUAGAAAAAGAACAACAAAGCUUUUGUUGAGAUAAGAGUUCAAUCAGGAUCUUUACACAUUUUUGAGACUUUAAAAGCACAAACGUCAGUGCAUUUUAGUGAGAUGUAUGUAACAGACCACCACAACAGAAUUGUUAAGUGGAAUGAAAGCAAUGCAUGAUUUUUAAGUUUUAUUUACAAAUAACCUUUCACCUGCAUUUUCAUGAUUGUGACAUUGGAAAUAUUGUGAUGUACCUGUAAUCUUAAUCAUUCCAUUUUAGGUCUGUCUCUAAGUUUAGGUUUUCUUUCCUGAGAAAAAACUUCAAUUUUCAAUUCUAAUCAAUGUUGCACACUGAUUAGAAUUUAUUUUCCAGAAACAAUACUAAACGUUAAAGACAUAUAAUUCCAAACUAUUGCAGAGUAUAGGCAUAUUCUGAGCUUGUGUUUACAUGACGCACAAUCUUAAAACAUUAAAUGCACGUGUUUGCAACAACCACCAAAUAAAAUAAACAACUUCCAUAGACCUAUGCAUGUCUGAUGCCCUUUAGUAUUAGCAUGUCUGUUAAAACCUUUUGCCUUAUCUGUAGCGUGCUACCAUUUGUUAAAGCCAAAAGCUAGUAAAUACACCAUCACCUCCUUCAUACUUUCUGCAUGGGUAGCAAAAAGAAGAAUAUGCUUGAAUGGAAUAUUUGAGCCAGUCUCUCCCACUGUACCAAGAUGAUAAAAAUGAUCGAUUAUAGUAAUUUUUGUAUAGCUGUUUUUUUGGGAACUGGCAGAGUGUUGGGUGAGCUGGCGUUUCCUUACCAAGGUCACCUGGCUGAUCAGUGUCAUCAACACUGGCCCGGUUAAGACUGGGCUCUGUACCAGUGGGUAACUCUGUGGAGGAUCCGGCUGUCCACGUGUCAUCCAAGGGAGCUGGUUGGUCAGAGAUAGAGCUUGAAAAUCCAGUGUCUUUGGACUUUUUUUUUUUUUUUCAUCCACUUUCUAAUGUCCAUUUUCUUUAAAAGCAUACAGGGAGCUAGCUUUUAAUUGUGUUUUUGCUAAAAGGCCGGGAAACGAUAAGCUAGCUUCUGAUCCAAGGUUAACCGGUUAUGCGACGUCAAUUUUGGUAGCCAAUCAGUGGAUGUGAUUUGUACGGUUUGAAAUUAUAGCCGUCAACAUGUAUAUAGUCUACAUAUUUGAAUAUAUAUGUUUGGGAAUAUUGUUAUUUUUUAUUUUUUAUAAAAUGUUAGAAGUGGUAGAAAAUGCAGUAUUUCGCAUUUUAAACAUUCUUUGUCAUUUUUGUAUAUAUAUUUAUUAUUUAAAUUUUUUUUAAGGGGGCGGUGCCCUAGUGUGCCCCCUCUUGGAAAAGAGCCGGAUCACAGGACCUUCUCCAACAUGUUUGUUAUGUCUCCUUGGUGACUCAAGGCAAACUGCUCACAUUCUUCUUAAGAUUUUCUUUUUCAAAAAUGUUUUUCUUCUUGCCCCUUUUCCAAAAAGGUCACAUUUGUGCACAACUAAUAGAUUUCCAGCUAAUAGUGUCUGCCUGGGACUCUGCAGAGUUACAGUGGACCUGCCGUUUGCUUGACUGCAGACUCCCCAUGGUGACUGUUUAAUCAAGAUGACAAGCAGCUUGAAAUCCCGUCCUAAUUGGAUGCACGGAUGUGCAGCUGCAUGUGGUGAAGAACCAUAAACACUUGCAAGCAAACAGGAUCACAUUAAUCUAACACGUUCUCUGCAAAGAAAAUCACGGAAAAAAGAAAAAAAACUCUGGGAUCCAAGUCUGUAGAAGAGUGAAACUGCUUUUCGGGAAUUGAUUACCCCAGAAAAGAGAGCCAACUGCUUCAAGGAAAUAACUUCACCACCGAGUGUAACAUUCCUGGGAACUUCAUGUGUGAAGAUGGAAUGUGUGUCCCAGGUCACUGGCAGUGUGACGGAGUGCCCAACUGCUCUGACGGGAGCGACGAGAGAAGCUGUCCUAAGGUCAUGUCAAAGUGUGCUCCCAAAUUCUUUGCCUGCGCUAAUGGUGUCCACUGCAUCAUUGGAAGGUUCCGCUGCAAUGGAUUCAGCGACUGUCCUGACGGGAGUGACGAAGAGAACUGCACAGGCAACCCCCUAGUGUGCUCGGAGGCUCGCUUCAAGUGUCGAAACGGCCGUUGUGUUGACCAAAGCUUUCUCUGCAAUGGCCAGGACAACUGUCAAGACAACAGUGACGAGGAGCUCUGCCUGACCACAGCAGAAGCUCCUGGCUUUGUGACACUGGACCAUAGUCUGCGCUAUUACCCCAGCAUUACCUACGGCGUCAUCGGCAGCGGCAUCAUCUUUGUCCUGGUGGUGGCACUGCUAGCUUUGGUGCUUCAUCACCAGAGGAAACGGAGCGUCCUGCUGCCCAGGAGCAUAAGAGGGAGCACGCAACACCACCAGCCCCUCCUGCUGUCCCGUCUUGUUAUCCUGGACCAGGGUCACGCUCAUACCGGAGGUCCGGGUCUCUCCCCUGGCUCUAACAACGCUGUGGGCCAGUGCAACCCAACUCCUCAAGCUUUGCAUCUGCUAUCUGGGACCGUAUAUCCCUCCUCAGUUUCCUUGGACUCACCUCCUUCAUACUCCGAAUCAGUUUUGGAUGUCAGUUGGCCUCCUUGGUUUGAUCUACCCCCUCCACCUUACCUCAAAGAGGGGGAACCUUCUUCAGAGGGAAAUCUUCCUCAGCGCGACAAUCUGCAGGAUGGUGUGAGCCUUCCCACAGCACCUGACUCUGUAUCCCCAGCACCCAGAAUGGCACUCCUGGACUCGCAGACGGGUUCCAGUCCUAGAGAGGAGUCAGACCAGCUGUAGCCCCUGUCAUGUAGACUGGUAGAACCUAGGACAGACAAACAGCUGGAGUCACUGAUCCAGCUAUAGAGCUGUCUAAGACUAAAGGCCAGUCACAUAUAAAGACGUUUUGCAAGAGAUUCAGAGGAGUUUAGCAGAGUCCCUAACUGACCGCCUUCACAUCAGCCUCCUGAUGCUCCAGGAUAGCUCCUGUAGACUGACCCUGUGUGCUGACUCCCUCUGCUGGCAUGAUAGAUUCAUUACACUUUAGUGUAUUGAACUCUUUGUCAGUUCCCUUCUUGAAAACAUGGUUUGUAUGAUACUUACUAGCAAAUAUACUGAAGGCUCCAAAGAAGAAAACGAUCAUCAACCGCUCCUCUUUGUUGUGGUACCCUUCUGAUUAGCUUAGUGUAAGUUUUGCAGUAUUUUAAAACACUCUACUGAUUUAAACGAUCAUAUUUGUUUUGCAUAAAUUGUUAAAUUCUAUUAUUUUAGAAAAGGAAACUCAGAUAUUUUAUCAGUUCAUCAAAUUAACCAUUAUGAGAGACUAUGUUCUGAGACAGAAACUAAUAUGUAGUCACUUGUUUGAUAAACCUUUAAACAGAUCACUUUAGGCUUUUUUUAUUCAUUCAGUGUUUUCCUUGGUGUUUCAUCUUGUGAUUUGGUUAAAUAUCAGAUCAAUAUUGGAACAUGAUUUUUUUAAAUCAUUCCUCUAAGCAGAAAAAGCAGAGAUGUUUGAAAGUUUCACCUUUCUCCAUGCCUAUCAGAAGACCAACAGGGUUUAUAGGCAGUUUCGAAACAUCUGAAAGAGUGUGAAAUUCUGCAUUAUUUCCCAGAGCUAGAUAAGAAUGUCAAGGUGGAAAUUGGGCUUGACAAAAUAUGUUAUUGCUUAUUAAAUUUUCUAAAAGAUAAACAGGUGCAUUUUUAAAUCUGUAAUUUUUUUCCAUUGAUUUAGAUUCAAAUAAAAUUGUUUCAUCAAAUCCCAGCUUGAGUUCAACAUUUUACCCAUAAGUAUUUAUUUUUUCUUGGUUUCUGGCUUAAUAGCCACAAAUAGAAGCUUGCUCAUUCAAAUAUAAAAACCAAAAAAGGCCAUUUUACUACUUCUUUGGUCUCUAGACCACUUUUAAAUCAGUUUUUAAAGUUGAUCUGUCGUUCUUAACUGAACAUGAUCUAACUUGGUUCAGAUGUCAAACAAAGCAUUAACACAGCAGUCGUUAAAUACUUUUAUGGACAGAAUAUACAUAUUAAAGAUCACAGACUAUGUCUAAGCAUGAUCAAUUUGGAAAUAGAGCUAUUGAAGUCAGUUCAGGUCCCAAAAAAAACGUCAAACAUCCCUUUACCACACUUACCACACACGCUUUUAGCUUGAUUUGUAGAACAAACAUGUAAUAAAACCUGACCACAGCACUAAUAUUCUGAAAUGUUACUGUUUUGUAUUCAGAUCUCCAAAUGCCAAACUAUUGGAAACAACAUAAAAAUCUGAGUCUGAAAAAGUAUAGAAUUUUAAUAUGGAAUGUUGUAGGAACCAUGUGGUAAAAACAUUAAAACACAAAUACAAAGUUUUUUGCAGUGCAAGGAUGGUGCAAAUAAUAGUACAAACAGCUGUCAGAUACUUGACAAAAACAAUACAUUUACACACAACCCUGUUUAUUUUUGUUUCUUUUCAAGCUCAGAAUCCAUGUAUAUAACAACAGCUGGGUGUAAGUUAAAUAAACCAUUAGACUGAAACACAUAUGUGAUGAAUCUGGUUUGUUUAAAUUGUGCAUAAAAGAUAAGCAAGCAAAUAAGGCUGUUCAAAACAGAGCACUACUUAGAAUGUGAAGUAAAAAAUGAAUGUGUUGCAAGAUCAUGUAGGUCUCAGUUGUACCUUCGCUUCCUUGUAGAGAAUGUCAUUAAUGUUGGUACAAAAGUAAAUAAAACCAAAGAUAUCAUAAAUCCCCUCCUAAAACAUUGCCAUUUUUAUGCCAUGCAUUUUUAAUUUUGUCAUGUAAACAAGUACAAAUGUUCAACUGGGUAAAACUGAAUUUGUAAUAUUUGCUGUAAAACUGGAAAUGUUUCUCAGGCCGAACUCCCACCAGUGUUUAUAUCUUGGUUGUGAUUUCAGAUUUUGUUGUGAUCAAGUUUUUCUUUCUUUCUGAUUUGUUGUCAUAGUUUUAGCUAUUCACAAAAAUCCCAGAUUUGUGACGGUUUCCAUCAUGAUACAUCUGUUCUAUGUAAUAUGUACAUUUGAAGUAAAACAAAUGUCCAAUUCAAA